AUGCUCAACAAGGAGAACUCGCCUCCAAAGAAGCCAAACAUCAGGAAGCGGACAAAGACAGGCUGUUUGACGUGCCGAAAGCGUCGCAUCAAAUGCGACGAGGGCAAGCCGAUAUGCAACAACUGUAUCAAGUCUAAGAGACAGUGUGAGGGCUACAACCAGCGGGUUGUUUUCAAGAGUCCAAUGGGUGCGAUACCUGGGAGUCAUUUCGGACCUUUGCCGUAUCACCAUCAUCACGAUCCGACCGAGGCUCUCGUCAAUGCGCAAUUGACCGCAAGUCAGGGAAAGACGUCUUCUUCGGCCCAGGGUCCACUUCCAAUCAUCGCGCCCAAACCGCCGAAUCUAGAAUACGGCAAUCCAGCGCAUUACCCUUAUAUCCAUGGCCAUCCAGGCCUGCAUCGAGCCAACUCGACGGCCUCUCUUGGCCUGGGAGUCCAUCAGUCGCAGUACGUCAUGGGUGCUAUCCCAACCGAGACUUACUAUGCGCAGUCAGGCCUUGAGAUGACAGCUUCUCCGACUCGAACGAGCCAGCCGGCCUUGUUCGAUUUGCAACAGAUGCCCACGCCCCAGCAGCAGCCUCCGAAUGGCUUCACGUUGCCUGAACGUCGACAUACAUCCCAUUCUAUCAUAGGAAGACCCGCCCCGAUGUUACACCAAAUGACGUUGAAUCCACCCAUAGCACAGUCAUAUUCCGCGACAGGACUUGAACCAUCCGAGGAAGCUGGGUCCUGGGUGUUUGACGAAGGAGAUCUGUCUCUGGAUUCAGAGGACGACGAAAUCCUCGCCAACAACCAUCUCACAAGCUUGGAUGCAAACGAUAUUGGCUCGAUUAUGACGAACGAUCUCGACAGGUCGCUAGAUCCGUACGGAACACAAGUCAGGUCAUUCCAUGCCCUUGCCCACGAGAAUGUUCUGGUCAACUAUAUGCCCUCUCUCUCAGACACGCCGCUGAAUGAUGCAAAGACGCGGGACAUUUUCUGGUACUUUGUGAACAUCACCGCUCCAGCUAUCAAUCCGUACGAGCGUAAUCCAUCACGACCAUUCUCCGGCGAACCGAUCCCACGAUCUAGUCAGCAUAUCUGGACUUAUGUUUUCCCUCUGCAAUCCUUCCAUCAUCCCGCUCUGUUGCAAGCCAUCCUCGCCCUGGGCAGCCUGCAGAUGGCAGAGCUCGCGGGCGGUGCUCCCACGGCCCCAUGGGUACACUCUAGUCGGUGUAUCAGCAGGAUCGCCAAGAUUUAUCAGAGUGCUGAAAGAAGGGCCCAGCCUUCUACGUUGGCUGCCACGUUACUACUUGCCUUCUUCGAGGUGUGGACUUCGAAUCACGACAAGUGGUGUACACAUAUGAUGGGAGCGCGGCAGAUCAUCAGGGAGACACCGUUUCGGCAGAUGAGCAGGCAGAUCUGGACAAUCCACCGACAACGCUAUCAGCAGUGGGCUGAUCACCCGAGCCACGAGCUUGCGGAGGUGGACCUGGACCUCCUGAGAACCCUCACUGGCAAACAGGUCUACUUUGCGGAGGGAGCGGGCUGCUCGUGGCAACCGAACAUGCGGAGCUGUACCGCGCUGGACCUUGAAAAUUACGAGCAUCUCGCCGACCUAUAUUGGUGGUUUUGUAAGAUGGAUGUUUAUCAGGCCAUGCUUGGCGGAUCCAAGCUGUUUAUGGAAUAUGAGCUCUGGACGCAGUGUCCGCCACGAGCACCAAUGAACAGAAUCAACCAGAUAUUCGGCACCUUCGACCAUUUGGUCCUCCUCCUAGGCCGUGUGGCCAACUACGCCGCCACCGACCUCCCGCGCAAGCAUAGAGCAAGAGCCCGCGAGCGAGGAGGCGCAAAUACAUCGCCCAAAGGCCCAAACUCUCCACCCAUGUUCGCAGGCAUGUUUCCCGGUCGCGGCAGCAUCCAGCUCCCGCGCGGGCUCAGCCCACCACGGGACAGCUUCGUCUCUGCCGCCGAGCAGGCGUGGGAAGAUUUGGACCUGGAAUCGUCCACCCAAAAAGCCACGGAAGAGUGGACCGCCAUCCUUGCGGCGUUCAACUUGUUCAAGCAGAGCCUUGGUGCCGAUUUUCAAGCCCUGAGCGAGGACGUCCAGCCCGCCCGGGAAUCGCCUUUUGGUCCCACGUGUACGUACCGCACGUAUAGUAUCGCGGGUAUCUGGAUGAACUUCUACAUGGGCCUUGUGGUUUUGCACAGGUCGCACCCAAGCAUGCCGCCAUUCGCAAUGAUCGCAGCGCACAUGUGCGCGAAACAGACGGAGCCCUUUUCGAACGAGAUUGGUAGGAUCGUCGCGGGCAUCACCGAGGACUGGACGGCCGAGACGAUGUUUCGGGAUAGAUUACAAAGACAGUGGGCGAUUCGGCGUCUUCACGACAUCACGCGCAUGACAGGAUGGAAGACGGGCAAGCAGAUCGCCAACGGAUGCGAGGGCGCGUGGCGCAAGGCCGCUGCGAUGGGCGUCACGCCGCCUUACGAGCCCGAGGCGGAAUCUGCUGCGCUGCGGCAUGGCUAUACGACCCGCCGCAUCGAUGAGCGCAUCCAGGAGAUUGGGGAUGGUCAGAGCAGGCCUGUUUUGAAGAGAAAGGACCGGGCACAUGUGGCGUUCGGGUUGCUGAGUGUUGAUGAGGAUCUGGAGAGGUUAAGCUUAGAAGACUGA